AUGUCAAGUGUUCUUGGCCCAGCAGCGGUGCCAAGCACUACCGAUGCCUCCCUCGUCCAGGCUCUGAACGCGACCGCCUCCGCGACAUCCGGAAGCUCGUUCCUCCCCACAUCCCCGCUCGCCUUGAUUACCUUCCCCCUGCGCGUCCUCAACCAGGCCGAAACUUUCGCGUUUAGCACCGUUCCCAGACACCUUCUUCGGAUUGCGGGGAUAUCCAACAUCGAAAUGAACUUCUGGGGUGGAGCUGCGGCGGCAGCGGGCGACGCAGGCGACGCCGCACAGGCCGCAGCGGAUCUGGCAGGUGGUGGUGGUGCUGCGGCUUUCGGCGAUAAUUGGUACUUGGGCGAGUUCUUGAUGGCUGCGAAGAGGAUCGGGGGCUUCUUCGGGUAUCUGACCAGUGUGUGGUCUUUUGCUUGUUUGGUGGAGGCUCUUGUUCUCAACCGGAUCACGAUCUACGCCUCGACUCGUCGCCACCUUCGACUCGGCUGGGAAAGACGCCUGGCUUUGCGGUUAAUACCCAUAAUUCUCCUCGGGUCACAGAUAUUGUCUCUCCUUCGGGGAAUCCGUUGCCAGACCGCUCCAUCCUACCCUACAAUGCGAUAUGGUCGACCUACAAAACCAUUGAGUUUCGACUACGCAUCUGGGGGAGGCAGUCUUCACUGGCUGUCAUCAAAUCUGCUAUCGUGGGAAACCGAUGAGCAGGCCUGCAGUGCCGUGAAUAUGGCACGGGUACCCGGCACGCCGGACAUUCCCUUCGGAUCAUUUUCUUUGCUGUGGCCUACUUUCUUACUACUUUGCCUGAGCCAUUUCAUGGAAACCCUCUCAUGUGCAUUGCAGGGCAAACCUGUGAUGACCGAAACUGGAAUGUCGAUAUUCGAGCACUCGCUUGCCUUUGCGGAAGCCGAGUCCAUGAUCAGCAAGUCGAUCGGGCUUGGGUUAUUUGGUCUUCCAAAGCAAAGCCCUCUUACCUCGGGUGGCACCGACGAUGGACCCGUUUCUCCGCUACGACUUCUAACGAGAGCACAGGUCCUCGAUCGAAUGAACGUGACUCCCGAGUUACUACUGAUUGCCCUAAUAUCAUGCUUCAACAGCCUGAGCUCCCAUAUUCUUGACGUAACUGGCAAGCAAAGCCGAUAUCGUCUCUUCAACACGGCUCUUUGGGGCCUCUGCUUCAUGGGCGCCAUGUCAUGGGGCCUGGAGAGUGGUCCUGUGAGCAUCGAGCCCGGUGUUCUCAGGUUCCCUACUGUCUGCAUUGUCGGCUUCAUUCCGCACUUGCUUGUCUUACUGGGCAUCACUGUUUGCUUGGCCAUUUACGGGCUUGCUUUGACUAUCACAGCCUUCUCUUUACCAGCCGAUGAAGGCCAAUCUAUCCCCCUCCGACAGCGAUUCGCCCUGGCCCAUGAAAAUAUGCAAGGCGCGAACCAGAUUCGCAGCAUUCGUAUCAAUAGACACGAAGACUUUUAUACAACUUUGCUUCGGAUUGGCUACAUUGCGUUGACGGCCGCCAGCGAGGCUGUUUUCUUGAAUGAAGGCACAGCUGUCGUUGCCAGGAAAAUGACCUGGCUCGAGAAAGACCGACUCGCCGAGAUUGAAGCCUCUCGCCAACGGAAUUCACACGACGGAAACUGGUCCAACCAAUCCCGAGGUUCUCCCUUCGAUGCGGUAGGAUACUCUGGGUUCGAUCUCCCUAUGCAGUCCACGUCAUGGGAAAGCGGAUACAAACGCGAAAAGAAACCAGAGAAACCAAAGAACGGCACGAGACAGAUGCGACCUCAUGCUGAGAUAGGAGGUGUCGGUGCUGUGCAAGCCUCACUCCGUCUUUGGCACGUCAUGUCCUUUUUCCGCUCCAUCUUCUGGCUGAUUGUACGGUGGAUUGCAUAUGGUGCCAAUCGCGCCCUUGACCGAUUGGGAAUCCGUGCCCGCCCCCAAUGGCUCAAGCGCUUUUCACGGAACCAGCAAGAUAAAGCAGGCGCUCGCAGCGACACUUCACCAGGUUUGGACUUUUGGAUCCUCUCUGAAAAGGGGGAGCUUGAGCUUCCUGACAAUCGAGAGUAUGAUGUCGAGUUGGAAAUGCGAAAACGAGUGCGCCCUAGCAACUCAAAUUGGGAGUGGAAUGAUGAGACGAGAAUGGAUGAUAAACUAUACGAUUGGUGGAAACGCGGUGGCUCAUGGGGCAACCAGGAUCACACGUCGGAUUACGAUCCCUCCGUGGCUGAUGAUGAUGACACUACUAGCGUGAUAUCAAUGUCUACCAACGCUUCUGAGGAUGACUGGGAGGAUGAGGCCGAAGAUGGACGUCGCACUCCAACUCAGAAAUACCCUUUCCCUUCGUUUUCGCGGGAAAGUACUCCUCUUCAAGACCCUGUUCUAGACAUGGGCCAUCUUGCUCGUCUCCUUGAUCCCCAGGAUCGUGAAAGCAGGGAGGAGGCUCGAAUUCUUGCAGCGCAUCUUAGACCAGCCCAGUCUUCCGGUGGUAUUAUGACUCGCAGCCAGUACCGCCACCAAGUGGAAAGAGAGAGAUCGCGUGUUUUGCUUUCAUCUCGCCUGCAUGUGGAUUUACAGCCUUCGCCCGACAAGCGUAAGCCAACCGCAGAAGAAGAAUCCGAUGUCCUUGAAAAAUUGAUCCUUUCCCGCCGGUCCGAAACAGCCGCCAGUGAUGAUCCCAAUACCUGGAAGUCCGGCGCAAUGGGCUUAGGUGAAAACGGUCCUCCUUGUGUUGUCUGCCAAACAAGCCCUCGAUCGAUCAUCACCUGGCCAUGCCGCUGCCUCUGCAUUUGCGAAGACUGCCGCGUUAGUCUAGCCAUGAACAACUUCGGCAGCUGCGUGACUUGCCGCCAAGAGGUUGGUGGAUUCAUGCGGCUAUGGGUUCCGUGA